AUGGGUAAUGAUGGUGGAAGUAUCCCGACGCGCCGCGAGCUCGUCCGCGAAGCAGCCCGCGCCCCGAGCACGGCGCAAGUAAAAGAAACCCAGCGCGAACAGCAAGAACACUGCUGGACCACCUGUCCGCUCUCGCACAAGUCUUUGGUCCGACCGAUAGUCUCUGACUCCGUCGGUAAUCUAUACAACAAGGACGCUAUACUCCAGUUCCUGCUCCCCGGCGACGACGUCGAGGGCAUCAGCUCCAAGGCCGACUGUGAGGAGAUCUUGUGCGGGCGAGUAAAGUCGCUGCGCGAUGUGGUUGAGAUGAAGUUCGAGGUCGACACCGAGCUCACGGAGCACCCGAGCGGCCGUGCUUUUGCGCCCCGCGAGCGCCGCGAGGGCUGGAUUUGCCCGAUCACCGCGAAGGCGUUGGGGCCGAGUGUGAAGUCUGUGUACCUGGUGCCGUGUGGCCAUGUCUUUUCAGAGGAAGCUAUUCGGCAGCUCAAGGGGGAUAAGUGCUUACAGUGCAACGAAUCAUACACCGAAGACAAUAUCAUUCCGAUCUUGACGACGAAAAAAGAAGAUAAACAGCGUCUGAUCGCGCGCGGCCACAAACUCGCCGAACAGGGUCUCACACACUCGCUUAAGAAAGCUCCCGGUUCAAAGAAGCGCAAGAAGCAAGCGAGCGCCGAGGGCGCGGCUGAUGCCGCAGAGCCUGCUGGGUCGGAUCCGUCUAAGGAGCCCUCUGACUCUAAGGGUAGAAGCAAUACUUCCACGCCGGUGCCUGCCAAUGCUGCUAGCAAUGGAAUUAAGAAUGCUGCUACUUCCUCGCUCACUGCUCGUGUGUUGGCGGAGGAGGAAGAGAAGAAGAAGCGCCGGAAGUUGAUGGGCCGCAAUGAGAAUAUUGACAGCCUUUUCUCUAAGAAGGAUGGGGGGUCGAAGAAUCGCGAUUUCAUGACCCGAGGAUUCUCCAUUUCAUGA